AUGCGCCUCUUGAUAGCUUUCCUGUCGUUCUUUGCCCUCGCCAGCGCCCAAUUCGGCUUCUUCGACCAAAUGUUUGGCGGCGGCGGCGGCGGCGGGCAUCACCAACAGCAGCAAGCGCAGAACAAUCCCAGUGACGCCCGCCACUAUCAGCAACAAUACACCCAUUCCGCCUGCGACAGGUACCUCUGCCCCGACACCCUCGCCUGCGUCCACUUCCCGCACCACUGCCCCUGCCCGUGGGACGCCAACGACGACAAGUUCGAGCUCGCCGAGGGGAAGCGCACGUGCGUCUCCAAGGGCGGCUUCAGGCCGGGCGAGACGGCGCGGAAGAUUGAGCUUGCGCGCAAGGGUUUGCUUUAA